AGGAGGAGGAAGAGGCGGCCACGAGGAGGAGGAAGCGGCCCCGCAAAACAAGCGGCGCGUGGAGGAGGCGGAGGCGGAGGCAAGCGGGCCUCCAGAUGAGGAGAAAAAGAAAGAGUUGGCAGCCUCCCCGGCCCGGGAGAAUGAAGAUGAUGUUUGGUGCUACAACUCUUUCCAGUACUGGAGAUCUCCUUUACCCACCAUCAAUCUGUCUGAUAUUCUGGAUUUAGAAAGUAAGAAUGCAGUAGCUGACAGAGACUCCAGCAGCAUUGGCCUGUCGGAAAUGGAAACCUGAAAAAAUGUUACUUUUGCAAAUCUACAAUGCAGAAGAAAUUCUGUUUCAUUUUGAUUUUGAUUGGAAAAGUAAGCAGAGGUAAAACUUUGAAGGAGAAAGCAGACUUUGAAGGAAGGAUAACUGUUCUUGAAAGGAAGGAACAGUACUAAAGUUCAUCAAAAGACUGCAUAUGGAAGCUUUAUGAAGGGAAUGCAAAGCUUAGAGAUCUAAAGGAAUAUUUGAAAACUGGUAUUUACAAAAAGACUACUUCAUAACCAGUAAAGUGAAGUUGAACAACAGAAAAUGCUUCAGAAGAGUGUUUUAAUGUGUAGCCAACUAAUAUGGCAUCAAAGAGAUCUGUGUUGUCUUUGUUAGGACAAUCAAACUAAACUACAACAAUAAAAAUGCACACUUCUAUUUAGAAUGAACAUUAUUGUGGCAGUCAUUUUCUGCCAGAAAUUAUCACAGUUAUACUUGCUAAAGAUAACUUCGUUAUAUCUUAAUUGGGAGUUUAUAAUUGAUGUUAAGAGUUUAGAAUACUUUGGUUUAACAAAUGCAUAUAACAUAAUGAACAGGGAAAGGGAACUAUCCAGAGCAAUAAAAACAAUUGGGCACAUUUUUGCUAAAUGAGGAAAGUUGUGAUCCUGAAGAUUUCUAGCUCUGGCUCACAUAUUUUUUGUGGCUUGUGUUACAUUUUUCCAUUGACGUUAGUAUAAAUGUCCCUUAGCAUUGCAUCAAUGCGACUUACCGAAAUCAAAAACUGUGUUUUUAAACUUCAGACACUUGUUUCUUUUUCAAUCAAAUAAUGAGCAUUUUUACAUUAUAACUUUUCCAUAUUUUAUAAAAAAACCCUUUAGAUGGUGGGAGAAGAAUCCUACUAUUUGUAUUAAGUAUGUAGUAGUUUUCCUAGGGGCAAUCUCAUUUUUAUUGUGCACAUUUGACUGAAUAUGUUUUUAUACAUAUACAUUUCCUCUAUGAAAGAAAAUAUAGACUCAUGUGUAAUUGGGGAUGUGAAUUGUUUUUUAAUUGCUUUUCCACAAUUUAGCAGUGCGCACUUCACCCUUUAUUUUUGUCCAGAUAAUACACUAGGUGUACUUCCAACGCAGAGAGGUUCAUUGUGAUACACCUUCUCAAAACAAGCCUAGUGAGUUCAUACUCAUACAUCAUAACUUUGAUGAUAUGGGUUCUGUGAUGCUUGCUCCUAGGAUUUAGGAUUACAACCCAAUCAGGUGUGACAUAGAUGCACAUGCAUAUUCCUUCUUUAGAGCCUAAGAAGGAAGUAUAUGGAAAUAUUUCCUUUUCAAUGCUGUAUUGAAGUGUUCAGAAGGAAAUACACUCUCUCUCUUCCACCUGUUUAACUUUUUUUCCACCUGUUCCGUUAGGAGUGUAAUGUGACAAACUGAAAUUUGUAUUUCACAUGUUUAAUCCAAUUUUAAAGAACACUUUUGUCUACAGCAACAAUAAUAUCCUGAAUAUGAUGGUUACCACUUAUUUUGUGGCAACUGCUAUAAUUAGUGAGCAAUCUCACAAAUGCCUUGCAGUAUUUCAUCUAUAUAUAGAUAAAGCAUAUAUAAAGUCCUAAAUACCCUAAAAGCAAGAGAUCCUGUCCGAUUUGGAAGCUAAGCUGAAUCAGUUCUAGUUAAUACUUGAAUAGGAGACUACCAACAAAUAUAGAUGUAGGCUAUAUUUCAGAGGAAGAAAGGGGCAAAUCCACCUCUGAAUAUUCUUUGGCUAAGAUAAUCCUGUGAAAUUCACGGAGUCACCAUAGGUUGACAGGCAACUUGAAGACACACACACACACAAGUAUUCUAUAAAACAAGAUUUAGUGUGAUCCAGAUUGUCACUUGCAGUCUAAGAUGGUUGUCUUUAUACAGUACACUUCAGGUGGCAAUAAGGAAAUCUAGUAAACUAUAUGAAUUUGAAACUGUUUUCAUUGGAAAGCUUUUAUUCUGAACCAAGUCACUGGGACUUUAAACAUCACAUUAUGAAUGUUAAUCAUUCCCCUAAUGUGAUAUAUAAACCUGAAACCAGAUCAAGUCACAUGUUCCUGAUUACAAGGUGAUAGUCUCGUCAGUUUAAUUGCUGUGCAAAUACUUCACCAGUGUUUUCGGAGUCCAUCUCUUUCCCCUCUCCCAUUAAAAGCCUUAAGUGUAAGCACAUGGAAAUUUGUAAUAGUUGCUUUUCAGCAUUGUUUCCAUUCGCUACCAGGGCUAAGCAUGCUUUAUCUGAUUGUGAGGUAGAUGGAAACUUCAGUCUGAAAUCCACUUACUGAAGGCUUCAAAAAUGUUAUUUUUUCUCGGUGAAGAUGAAGGUAAGGAAGCAACUUUUCUAUUGUAAUGGUUUAAGUUUUGUUAUGGAGUACUGUAUUUGAAAUAAAUGAUAUUUUUCUAAGUAGAAGUGGAUUUUAAAAAUUGCUUAUGGGAGCAAAUGCAAAAUGAAAACACUCUUGUGCUGACAGCUCCCUGGAACGCCAGUUCAGCUUGUAAAGAUAUACAGAAGAAUUUGGAAAUAGUAUUAAACAACAGGAAAAUUUGACCAAUAAAAUGAACUAUCUUGAAUUAGAGUAGUUCGUUAAUAUGAAUUACGUAAACUCAUUUUGCAUGCAUAUCGAUCUUCAACUAAGUACAGGAUCUGAUAAAAAAUUGGCAAUUAAAGUAUUAAUUGUGCUAAAGAUUAUUUUCAUUCUAAUUAAAUAAAAACUCUUUUGUCAAAUCUAAUUAUGAAAAUUGCAGCCACCUCAAAUUUAGUGAUUUUGUUUAUGUGUUAGUGGUUCAGCAAUCUUGCGGCAUAGGUAUUCAGAUGCAGAGCAAUUUGCUCAUUAGCUUAUAGGCUUCUGUAUAAAUCAAGAGCAGGUUUUGGGGUCAAUAUUGUGGAUUUUUGAUAUGACUCAUGGAUAAGUUGAAGGUCACCGAGAUGGAAAGGUACCAAUACCAUCCUAGGGAGCUAGUCACCACUGGCCACUGUUGCUGGCAUUUCCUUGCCCAGGCAUUCUAAGAGGCCAGAAGAGGCACUAGCAGAGAGCAGAGGGGGUUGGUGCUUCUUUCAGGCUCUUCAGGAUGGGAUAAGAUCUUGCCUUUGCCAUUCUACUCAGAGAAGGGGAUAGUUCCUUUUUAAAUCAGUGUUAAGGUACAAUAUCCAAAUUGAACCAUGGAUAAGAUGCCCCAGGUUUUUUAAACUAAAAUUUCCAGAUUUACACGAGUCUUUAGGGUAAUAAUUUUAUCUGGCACUUGUAAGAAAAUCUUUUAAUUCUGGGUUCUUACAAUUUUUUGAAAUAAAAGUAUAUCAGGUCAGACAUACUAUACAUUCAUUAUGUAUUUAGUUAAUAAAUUUCAAACCAGUAAUAGAGAAAUAUUUACAUAUAAAAUAGCUAUAUCUUGAAAAAUACAUUCUGAAAAAGUAACUAAAAUAUGGUAAAGAUAUUUAAACAGCAGUGAUUUUUUGGAACUUGAGGGGAAAAUGACAAAGAGAUUAUUCCAUAGAAAUGUUGAGGAUAGUCUGUAGGAAUAUUCAGCAGACUUUGCCAGAAAGUUGACUUCACUGAACACACAGGGACCUUUGAGUAAAAAUGUGGAGAAUUUCAUUAUACAAGUAGAGAUUUGUGGUUCUUCUAGCUGAGUGUACCACAUAAAUGUGUACUGAAAACAAAUAAAAUUGGUACAUUUUAACAAGGUUCCUACUUUUUCUUAUGUUAAGAAUUGAUUUUGCAGUUUUACUGUAUCCUGUUGCCCUGUGCAUUUCUCAUAACCCAGACGCAGAGCUUUUUAUAUUUCUGCCCCUUCCUUAUGGAAUGCCUUGCCGCCCUAUAUGAGAGCCAUGUGUGAGUUAGGGCCUUUUACCCUAGCACUUAAGACCAGGCUUUUUACUAGAGCUUUUGAUCUAUGUUAAUUUUAUCAAUAUUUGUAUGUAUGUAUUUUUAUUCUUUAUAAUUUUGCUUGUAAAUCGCCUAGAGCAUCUUGGAUGGAGGGCGAUUAAUCAGUAAUUAGAUGAUGAUGAUGAUGAUGAUGAUGAUUCUCAGUCGUUCAAUUUCCAAGUGAUUGACAUUCCUGUGUGUUUUAGGUCAGUAGCUUGUAUUUGGUUACUUUUUUGUUUUAGGUGAUUUUUCUGGUCAAACCUCUUCACUAGAAAAAUGUCAGGUGCAUUAACUUGUACUUUUCCAUAUUGGUUGUUCCUAAGAGAUCUGUAGUAACUGAAACUGCCUACUCAAAUGUUUUUGUAGUCAUGCAUUACAUUCAGUAUGUUUUUAAAAAACCCAUCAACGAGAGACUGACUAGAAAAUAUUUGUCCACCAAGUUCAGUAUUACCCACUGUUGGUUGGCAAUAGCUUUCCAUCAUACCAAACAGCACGCUUUCCCGUUAUCUCCUCUUGGUACCUGCUCUAUUAUUGAUCUGUAAUUUUGAAGUCAAAAUUUCCACUGUGAAUAUUUUGUAGAGAAUAUGGCAAAAGGAGGAAGGUUUAAGGAAGCCCCUUGUAUUUCCUAAAACAUGGGAUCAUAGCAGAGGAUUUGCUCUGCACACAAAGUCUCAGGUUCAAGCAAUGGACAGGUAAUGGGAGACACAAGCUAUAGGCCUUGUCCCCACAGGAGGAAAGGUAGUUGUUUUUAAACUCUGUAUACUCGGCAAAAGAAAGAUAUUGAGCAGCUCCUCUUCGCUCCUCUUUAGGCUGAAUGAGGUUGUUUUCAUUUGUAAAGCUUGUUUCCAAAACCCAUCUUAACAAAUUUUACAGAAAUUGAAAAAAAAAUGUGCUGAGGAGAUACAUUCUUUUGCUAGAAAUGCACUUUUCGUAGCCCUCUACCAAAGUGAUUUGAUACAUCUUGAUUGUUUUGGUCUGUACAUAAUAUUCUACUCCUAGCUGCCACCUAUAGCUCAUUUUUCAAUAUUUUUGGAUUUAGUACCUUUUGGAAACAAACCACAUUUAGAGUUGAGAGAAUUCUUGCCUGAGAGAUCAAAAUGUGAGUUAAUCUGGAGAGAAGGAAUAGCUCAUUUUUACUUAGUUAUCCUAAUUCUUUGAUUCUAAGAUUCCACCACCAAAAUGAUCCCCCCCCUCUCUCUGUCUAGAGAGAGAGAGGGCGCACUUAUGAUUUUUAAGACAUCCCAUUUUUAGAAUUUUUAAUACUUUUUUUCAGAAAUAAAGAAAAAAUAACGAAAACAGAAACUGUUCCAUAGAAAAGAUUGUCAUAAUACAGUAGAGUCUCACUUAUCCGACACUCCCUUAUCCAACGUUCUGGAUUAUCCAACGCAUUUUUGUAGUCAGUGUUUUCAAUAUAUCGUGAUAUUUUGGUGCUAAAUUCGUAAAUACAGUAAUUACUACAUAGCAUUACUGCAUAUUGAUUUACUUUUUCUGUCAAAUUUGUUGUAUAGCGUGAUGUUUUGGUGCUUAAUUUGUAAAAUCAUAACCUAAUUUGACAUUUAAUAGGCUUUUCCUCAAUCCCUCCUUAUUAUCCAACAUACUCGCUUAUCCAACAUUCUGCCGGCCCGUUUAUGUUGGAUAAGUGAGACUCUACUGUAUAUGAAACUGCAGUGCUUUUUGGUUUGAAAGAUUGGCUGUUUGCAAGAAAUGUUGCCCAGGGGACGCCCGACUGGAUUUACUCAAUCUUCGAGGAGGCCCUUUCCGUGUCUAAAUAUCUUGGUGUCACCUUAGAUUGAACACUAACAUAUAGGAAACAUUGCAUGAACACCAAGUACAAAGUAGCUGCACGCAAUAACAUCCUGCGUAAACUUACUGGCAGUGCAUGGGGUGCAGAGCCACAAUUAAUAAGAACAUCAGCCCUGGCCUUGUCUUUUUCAACUGCUGAGUACACCUGUCCUGUCUGGCAGAAGUCUCCAUGCGAAGCAGGUGGGCAUAGCACUAAACGAAACAUGUAGAAUAAUCACAGGAUGUCUUAAACCUACACCUGUUGAUAAACUCUAUAAGCUAACUGGCAUUGCACCCCCUGAUGUGUGACGGGACGUUGCUAACGGUGAGAGAAAUAAGGUCGAAAAUUGUGAAAGCCACCUACUGCAUGACUAUCAGCCUCCUCCCAGUAGACUCAAGUCAAGGAGGAGCUUCAUGAGAACCACCACUCCUCUUGAUGUUCCCCCAGCAACAGCAAGGGUGUCCCUCUGGGCAGCUAAACCAGGCAAUCCCAACUGGAUGGCCCCCCAAGAGGGUCUUCCUCCAGGGGCAAACCAGGAAUUGGCAACUUGGAAGUCCCUAAAUAGACUGAGAAGUGGAGUGGGCAGAUCAAAAGACAACCUGGUAAGAUGGCACUACCUGGAGGAAUCCUCCACCUUGUGUGACUGUGAAGCUGAACAAACAACUCCUCAUAUGAAUGCUUGCCCACAAUGCCCUGCCUCAUGCACAGAGGAGGAGUUGUUCAAAGCUUCAGACAAAGCGAUUGCUGUUGCCCACCUUUGGUCUAAAACUAUUUACAGUAGAGUCUCACUUAUCCAACAUAAACAGGCCAGCAGAAUGUUGGAUAAGCGAAUAUGUUGGAUAAUAAGGAGGCAUGAAGGAAAAGCCUAUUAAACAUCAAAUUAGGUUAUGAUUUUACAAAUUAAGCACCAAAACAUCAUGUUAGACAACAAAUUUGACAGAAAAGGUAGUUCAAUACGCAAUAAUGUUAUGUUGUAAUUACUGUAUUCACAAAUUUAGCACCAAAAUAUCAUGAUAUAUUGAAAACAUUGACUACAAAAAUGCGUUGGAUAAUCCAGAACGUUGGAUAAGCGAGUGUUGGAUAAGUGAGACUCUACUGUAGCUGUUUGUGAUUCCUUUAUUUUAUUGCUUUUAAACUUAUUUAUUAUGCAAUGCUUUUGACACAAAAUAAAUAAAAUAAAUAAUAUAUGAAACUAAAUUAAACAACUAACACAAUUAUAUCUAAGGUAAUCACCCUGACAUAAAACAUACCUACGCUAAUAAACACAUUCUGGGCACACAACUACUAGGACUAUCCUGCGAUACCCAUAGUCACUGCCUGCUGAUUUUUACUUAUUUUCCUACACUAUUUAGAGAACACUGUAUGUCCAAACUUCUACUUUUAAUAACACUCAUCUAAUCUGUACAUUUAAAAAACUCUUAGAAAUGAAGAAAUACAGAUUAUAUAUUUGUAAUUGUAAACACAUUUGUGUUACUGAUUAAUUUAAUGUCAGUUAUUAACUUGGGGCCUCUCAGAUCAGAUGUCAUCCAGGUACCAUCAUCCUUAAUAUGACUGGCUAGGCAUGAAGGUUGUUGUUUGACAUAUGGGGGAAGCUGUCAAUUUGGGAGUCUGAUCCACAGAGUUCUCAAACAAUGCCCUGUGAGAGAUCCAAACAUAAGGAUGACAGAGUGACUUACAUUUUUACUCUUCUUUAAUCCUGAGCCUCCUGCCUUUAUCUUGAGAAACCCUUGCUCUUUGGAAAUCACAAAGCAAAGUACCUCUGUGUCACAGUUCAUGACAAGGCUCUCAAACCAUGUGUUGCAGGGAAUCUUGAAAACGUGACUGCUGUUAUAUACCAUCCCAGAGGCCAGCUCCCUUUCAAAGUGAAAACAGAUUGGCUGGCUGGUUGGCCUGACCCAACCCGGCUUGAUAGGUUCCCAAUAAAGUCUCCUUCAAAACUUGGUUCUCUUGUUUAUUUUGAUCUUAAGUGUACUCUAUCUUUCCCAUUGCAAAGAAGAAGAGGCAUGAGUUGGGGAGGAAUAUAGAACAUACUGCAUAGAGCACUUCCAGGCAAAUCCCACCACAUUCCUUGGCUUGUCUCUUGCUUAAGUGUUAUGGGGUGAAGAAACAUGGUAUAAAAGCUCUGAAAAACCCAGCCAUUAAGGCAGCUGCCAAUCACUAACAGGGAAAAGUGGAACAUUAACCAUUCUCUUGUGUGGUCUAAGGAUCAAGCAAACUCUUGAGAUUUAAAUGGAUUUCCUUUUCUCCUAUCAACACUGGAGUGCCCUCAUGACUGGAAAAGACACAGGGCACAAUGGCAAUUUAUAAGUGCAAUUCUGACCCAUAGAGCGCCAGGCUGAGAAACAACAGGACAAGAUGAAAGUUCAAAUGAAGUCCCAGAAAUCUUGGAUUGAGGGAAUCUUCAGUAAAAGAGAAUGUGCAAGAAUUGUACCAAGUUCCAGAGAUCCUCACAGGUGUCCUGCAGGGUGUCAAGUAUGUCAGAACUUAAUCCGAUGUUGUUGUGGCCGGUUAAUUGGUGACCAUCCAGGGAUAGACUAUAGUUGGCCUAUCUUUCAGUCUGAGAAGGGGAAAGAGAAUGAGGAAUGGUCUGUCCAAAAGGAUACAAAGACAAGCCCAACGGAUGCAUUUGGUACUAUCAGUUUUCAAGAUGGUGAUCAUACCUACCACGCCAAGUACAUCAGAGCUUCUUGUGAUACAAAAUUGGACCAGUUAUUGCAGCUCAUGGUAAAAGAAUGGCAGAUGGAAUUGCCAAAAUUGGUCAUUUCUGUUCACGGUGGCAUCCAGAACUUCAAACUUCCUGCUAAACUUAAGCAACUUUUUAGCAAAGGUUUAGUCAAAGCUGCCGAGACUACAGGAGCAUGGAUCCUGACAGAAGGCAUCAAUGCAGGUGUAUCCAAGCAUGUGGGAGACGCAUUGAAAAUCCAUGCUUCUCAGUAUUUAAGUAAGAUCUGCACAGUUGGAAUCCCCCCUUGGGGUAUAAUUGAGAAUCAAAGAGACCUCAUUGGAAAAGAUGUAGUCUGCCUGUACCAGACGCUGGGCAACCCUUUAAGCAAGCUGAGUACCCUCAACAGCAUGCAUUCCCAUUUUAUACUGGCUGAUGAUGGCACAGUGGGCAAGUAUGGCAGUGAAAUGAAACUGAGGAGAAAUCUGGAGAAGUACCUGUCGCUUCAGAAAAUACACACUAGAAUGGGACAAGGAGUGCCUUUGGUUGGGCUGGUGGUGGAAGGUGGUCCAAACGAGAUCUUGACAGUGUGGGAAUAUGUGAGGGACAAACCUGCCAUCCCUGUUGUAGUAUAUGAGGGAACUGGGAGAGCGGCUGACCUCCUUGCUUUUACACACAAACACACAGCUGAUGUGACGAAUCUGAGCCCUCAACUUAAAGAAGAAAUCUUACUGAUGAUUCAGAAUAUGUUCAGUUUUAAUCAGAAACAAUCUCAUCAUCUGUUUAAAAUUUUAAUGGAGUGUAUGGAAUACAGGGAUUCUAUAACAAUAUUUGAUGCAGAGUCAGAGGAACAGCAAGACAUUGAUCUGGCCAUCCUGAUUGCACUCUUAAAAGGGACAAAUAUGUCAGCCCCAGAUCAACUAAAUCUGGCACUGGCCUGGAACAGACUGGACAUUGCUAAGAAGCAUAUAUUGGUUUAUGGACAGCACUGGAAGGUUGGUUCGUUAGAACAAGCCAUGCUAGAUGCUUUGGUAAUGGAUCGUGUAGAAUUUGUGAAGCUGCUAAUAGAAUAUGGUGUGAACCUCCAUCGUUUUCUUACCAUAGCCCGACUAGAGGAACUGUACAAUACAAAACAAGGACCAACAAAUCUUCUUCUGCGUCACCUCGUCUGUGAUGUAAAACAGAGUACUCUUCCAGUGGACUACAAAAUAUCACUGAUAGACAUCGGGCUGGUAAUAGAAUAUCUGAUUGGUGGAGCCUAUCAGAGCAGCUAUACAAGAAAACAUUUCAGAGUCCUCUACAACAGCCUAUACAGGAAACACAAGAGAGCCGUCACCAGUCUGGCACAGAAUUUGUCUCUCCACCAGCUUAAUCAGAUGGGGAGUCGGGCUGGAUCUGCUGAAAACACCUUGCAUUCCCAGUUCAUCAGAACAGCACAGCCGUACAAAUAUAAAGAAAAAUCAGCUGUUCUUCAGAAGACCAGGAAGAAGCUCAAAGAUGAAUUUACUGUCUCUGAUGACCAAGAGUCUGUUGGCUUUAUUUACCCAUAUAAUGAUCUCUUGGUUUGGGCAGUAUUGAUGAAAAGGCAGAAGAUGGCUAUGUUCUUCUGGCAACAUGGAAAGGAAGCUAUGGUUAAAGCAGUGGUAGCUUGCAAACUGUACAGAGCCAUGGCACAUGAAGCGAAGGAAAGCAAUAUGGAAGAUGAUACAUCAGAAGAGCUGAAGAAGUAUUCAAAUGAGUUUGGACAGCUGGCUCUGGAUGUGCUGGAUAAUGCAUUCAAACAAAAUGAGCAGAUGGCCAUGAAGCUGCUGACUUAUGAGCUGAAGAACUGGAGUAACUCAACAUGCCUGAAACUGGCUGUGUCAGUGGGUUUGCGACCCUUUGUGUCUCACACAUGCACACAAAUGCUGUUGAGUGAUAUGUGGAUGGGCCGGCUGAAAAUGAGGAAGAACUCUUGGUUUAAGGUGAUUCUAAGUAUUCUUCUGCCUCCUACUAUUUUGAUGCUGGAGUUCAAAACCAAGGCUGAAAUGUCCCAUGUGCCUCAGUCACAGGAGUUCCACCACACUUGGUAUCAUGGAGAUCCCAGCACUAGUGCUGUUAAAGAUGACUUCUCACUGAACAAUUAUGAUUUAGAGAAAGGAACUGAGAAGCAAAAUGAAAGACAGACAUCCUCCACCAACAAUGAACAGGGAGCCCUUCCUUUGAGCAGGAAAGUCUAUGAAUUCUACAGUGCUCCUAUUGUCAAGUUCUGGUUUCACACGAUGGCCUAUUUAGCAUUUCUCAUGCUAUUCACUUACAUGGUCUUGGUGGAGAUGAAACCAACACCCAUUGUGCCAGAAUGGCUUGUGAUCAUCUACAUUUUCACCACCUCCAUUGAGAAAGUCAGAGAGAUAUUUAUUUCAGAGCCAGGGAAGUUCAGCCAAAAGGUGAAAGUGUGGAUUUAUGAGUACUGGAAUUUUACAGAUUCUGUUGCUAUCAUCUUGUUCAUGAUUGGUUUUGGCUUGCGCUGGGCUGAUCUCCCCCUCCAAACAGUGGGAAGGUUAAUUUACUGCCUCGAUAUAAUAUUCUGGUAUACCAGGCUCCUAGAUUUCUUUGCUGUGAAUCAGCAUGCAGGCCCAUAUCUGACCAUGAUUGGGAAGAUGACAGCAAAUAUGUUUUAUAUUGUAAUUAUGAUGGCCAUAGUAUUGCUAAGUUUUGGAGUUUCUAGAAAAGCAAUACUUUCACCACAUGAACAACCAUCGUGGACUCUUGCACGAGACAUUGUAUUCCAGCCUUAUUGGAUGAUGUUUGGAGAAGUAUAUGCAGCAGAAAUUGAUGCUUGUGAAUCAAACCCAGACUGUCCUCCAGGUUCCUUUCUUACACCUUUUCUUCAAGCUGUCUAUCUCUUUGUACAAUAUAUCAUCAUGGUCAAUCUGCUGAUUGCUUUCUUCAAUAAUGUUUAUUUUGACAUGAAAUCCAUAUCGGACAAACUCUGGAAGUACAACCGUUACCGCUAUAUCAUGAUGUAUCAUGAAAAACCAUGGCUGCCACCCCCUUUCAUCAUUCUCAACCACAUUGGCAUCCUCAUAAAUUGCCUCUGCCAUCACCACCAUCGGCUCCCAAAUGGACUGGAUCAAGAAGAGGGUCAUGUUGAACUGAAGCUAUACCUGAGUGAUGAGGAGUUAAAGAAACUUCAUGACUUUGAAGAACAAUGUGUGGAAAAGUACCUUCAUGAGAAGAAUGAAAGCUUUCACUCCAGUGACAGUGAAAGGAUCCGAGUUACUGCUGAAAGAGUUGAAGAGAUGUUUUCACAGCUGAAGGAGGUGCAUGAGAAAGUGGUUUUCAUCAAAGAUGCUUUGCUUGGCCUGGACAGCCAACUAGGACAUUUACAAGACCUCUCAGUUUUAACUGUUGAUACCUUGAAAGUAAUUUCAGCUGUGGACACUUUGCAAGUAGAAGAAGCCCUCCUUGUAGAUAAGAAGCGUGUCACCUACACAAAGCUUCCCCAUAGUUGGAGCAAUGCUAUGCAUUCAGAGGUUUUGAGCAGCAUGGGCAAUAUGAGUGAUAAGAAGUACAAUUACUAUAGCAUGCCGCCUUCCCUUCAAAAAACCUUGGCAAGGAGUCAUCAUCAUAUUCUGGGUUCCAUAGACUACAGUGAAGUCAAAUCAACUGACAAACGUCAUGAACAAGAGACUAAAAAUGAUACCUGCAUUUCCGAGGUGUCUUCUGAGAGUAAAUCCACAUUUAAAUAUGGGCAGUUCCUUCUGGUUCCCUCUGGUCAACAAGAGACUUCUGAAGAUGCUGGCUUAAGCUUGGUCUUUCCAGGUUCUCUGAAUGAACUCCGGGAAGAUGGACUGAAAGCUAAGUCAUCAAGCCAGCGUGAUCAACCAAAUGUACACAUUGUUGAUGCUGAGGUGGAAAGAAAGAUCCCUCAAGGUCAGGAACUGGAACUUUUGCCAACCAAGAUAGUUGCUGAGAACCCCAUUGAAAACCGUAUGGCUGUACAAAUACCUGACAUCACCCGUGAAAUCUCUCAACCUUUUCAAAAUGACCAGGAAGAGCCCGAAGGAGGUUAUGUGAAUUGGGGGUUCACGGAAGAUGAAGAUAAGAGCUUCUUUAACAAGUCAAAACAGACAUGCAUCUCUCCCACCAACUCCAGUUCUGUUCCUCAUCAUGUGCAGAUGAAAGAAUCCAGUUCUGACAAGUCAGGAUACAGUAGUGACAGCUCCCAGUCUCACCUCCCACUCCACCGCAGCAGCACAUCACUCUGGAUCAGUCCACUUAGGAAAAACAGUUUUUUCAACAAAGCCUUUUACUCCCAGAGUGCAGAAAAAAUGGAGGACACCUACAAAAUAAAAGAGCAAUCAAAGUCUACUGAGUUACGUCGAACAGUUUGGGCAAAAGCAAAACCUGGAAUUAAAGGAAUUAAAGGAAGGAAGUCUUUUAAAAAGAAACAAAAACCUCUUCAAGUGCCAGUAAUCACAGUAGACAGUUGUCCACAGAGUACCCAAAUCAGCAGAGAGCCAUUGGAGAUCCAAACUUUAGGAAAUAAGCAGGAACACAGAACCAACUGGCCAGCUGUGUCUCACUUCAGUCAGCUAAGUUUGGAUCGCAUCAGUGGUAUGCAUGAGGAAGUAAAAAAUCAAGAAACGGUGAGACACACAGUACAGAUUUGUGACUACUUGAGACAGUCGCAAGAGGAUUUAAAUAACAGUGUGACUUGGACUAGGAAAAACAGGAUGAAUAAUUUGAGCAGAAGCCAUUCGUUGAAAAGUUCAGAUGGAGUGGACACAAUCUCAUUGUCCUUAAAGCCCCUUCAAGAUCUGCACCAUCAUUACUCAGCGGUGGAAAGAAACAAUUUAAUGAGACUGGCUCAAACAAUACCUUUUACACCCGUGCAGCUUUUUUCUGGAGAAGAAGUGACAGUCUAUCGAUUAGAAGAAAGUUCACCUUUGAACCUUGAUAAGAGCAUGUCUUCCUGGUCACAGCGUGGCAUGUCUGCAAUGAUCCAGGUUUUGUCUCGAGAGGAGAUGGAUGGAGGCCUGCGGAGGGCUAUGAAGGUGAUGUGCACCUGGUCUGAGAAUGCUGUGCUCAAGCAAGGCCAGGUCUUCAUUGUAAAGUCUUUUCUUCCUGAGGUAGUUCAGACUUGGCAAAAGAUCUUCCAUGAAGGCACGGUGCUCCAUCUCUGCCUCAGAGAAAUACAACAGCAAAGGGCAGCUCAGAAAUUGAUCUACACUUUCAAUCAAGUGAAGCCACAUUCUGUUCCAUAUACCCCAAGGUUUCUGGAGGUCUUCUUAAUUUAUUGCCAUUCAGCCAAUCAGUGGCUGACAAUAGAAAAGUACAUGACGGGAGAAUUUCGCAAGUAUAAUAAUAACAAUGGUGAUGAGAUCACACCAAGCAAUUUGCUGGAAGAAAUUAUGUUGGCUUUUUCUCACUGGACUUACGAGUAUACGCGGGGAGAGCUCCUUGUGCUGGACUUGCAAGGUGUUGGAGAGAACCUUACAGACCCAUCUGUCAUUAAGCCUGAAGACAAGCAAUCUAGAGGGAUGGCUUUUGGACCAGCAAACCUUGGAGAGAACGCAAUCAAAAACUUUAUUUCAAAGCACUGCUGUAACUCUUGUUGCAGGAAACUGAGGCUUCCCGAUCUGAAAAGAAAUGACUACACACCUGGGAGGCUCAAUCCUGCCUUUGAAGCUGAAACCGAGGCAAUGGCAGCAGCAGGAGAUGAGACUGUUAACAAUUGCAGAGAUGAACCUGUGGAAUUUUGUACCAGAUUGUAAUGCAAGGGGUUAGCAGGCCGGUUCUAGCUUUCUGAGCACUUGAAUCAUACCUUAUAUUCAAUCUAUGUGUGGGAAGAAAGUUGAGGUACCCAAAUAUUUCUACCAGCCAUUGCUUUGUAGAUAAAGAAUCAAUUUAUAUGUAUAUGAGUGUGUGAACAAACUUCCAGUGCAAAAGGAAUUUCCUUGGUAUUUUUGUUUGUAUAGAUUUGGUUUAAGAUUAUCCAUUAAAGCCACCACUGUUCCUGCAUCACACUACAGCCUCAGAAAUCAGUAUUCAUUUCUUAUUUUGCAUCUGUUUUACAUAUUAUAUCUAGGAGUAGAAUAGUAGUUUCCCCCAAAGAAUUAUUCUUUUCUUUUUGAGUAUUUCAGAAGAAUGGAGCAUUUACCAGGCACUUUCUUCUGUUGGCUCAAUUAUGAAAUGAGAGAAGGUGUACUUGUGGAACUUCUACCAAACCUUUAUAAGGACAGAAACAUUAUCCCUUUGUGAAUAUAGCUACAUUUACUUGUCACAAAAUGAACAGGCUCCACAAUGAAACUCAGGAAACUUCUUAAUCCCUUCAGCAUUUGUUUAAAGAUACAAAUUGUUUGCUGGGAUAUGUUUCUAGGUUGGUUUCACUAAUGUGAUGAUAAGGAGAGAAAAAACCUGCUGAGAUUGUUGCAAAUGUUCAUGUUGAAGGCUCCUUUCACAUUACAAGAAGCCUUCCACUUUUGUAAGAGUGAAAAAAAACUGCACACCCCUUUUUUAACCUGAUAGAACAUCUCUCUAUGAAUUUCUUGGUCCUCCACCAUGACUCUAAGGAGGGUCGAUAUGAAGGGCCACUUUCUGUUGGAGUUCAAUCAAAGAAUUGCAAUACACAUACCUAUAAACAUAUUUUCUCUAUGAAUUGCUAGGUUCUUCAUUGGGAGUCUAUGCUUGAAUCACACUAGAGUACCUAGAGAUUCAUAGAAAGAACAUAUUCCACAAAUCCAGUAAAAUCAAAUCCUCAAAAGUUAAACCCGCAGGUAUGGAGGGCCAACUGUACACAGUCAUAGCACGAUGAUUAUUGUUAGCCACCUUCCUAUAUUGGGAGAAAGACUGGAUAAAAAUUAAACAAAUAAUAAAUAAAGCUAUGAUUCCACUUUAACCACCAUGGGUGCAUCCCAUGUCAUCCUGUCAUUUUUUUUAGUUUGGAGAGAUCCUGGAGCUCUUUGACUGAGAACUCCAAAUACUCCUCCAUAAAUUGCCCAUCAAAAGGAUUCCACAAGAUGAUGCCACGAUAGUUUAAAGAAGAGCCAUAGUACUACAGAUGUGUAGUGUAAAAGGAUCCAGGUAGCGAAACAUUAAUGUUUAUGCAAAAAACAAACAAACAAAAAAACAAACAAACCAGGUGACAAGUUCUCCCCUUAAAGCUGAGCUUUCCAAACUCUGUAUUGUGUGUCAGCUGCAGUGCAUAGGUGUGUUGCACCAGUGUAAUGAGAAACCUUGAGUCUAUGUGAAAUAAGACAUAAAUCAAUCAUUUUUUAAUAAUAUAAAUGAAAGAUUUUCAUGAGAUAAGUUGUGUCCCCAUGCAUGUCAUUAUUAUAAUUCAUGUAUGUGUCCAUAUUUUUUGUAAUGGGUUGGUUUAACCUCUAGUUGGUUAGGAAAACUGAAUUAUUGUGUCACAAAAUGAUGCAUGCCUAAAAGGUGUGUCACUAGCAUGAAAUGUUUGAGAAGCUCUGCUUAAUGGGACAGCACUUCACCUCUGGGAAUGCUCAGUGGGAAUGCUUGGUAGACCGAAGGAGGUAUUGAUUAGAAUGGGGAUUUGAAGUUGCCAUCUCUUUCUCUCUGCUCCUAGCUUUCAGGAACUUUUUGGAUCUUGGUUUGAAAAUAAUAAGCCCUCUAAAACAGAAGCUAUUGUUCCCAUGAAUGUUGAGAGCUGACUGUAGUACUUGAGUUAAAGAAAAAGGGUUGCAGUAUGAGAGUUGAAAUGUUAAUGUUAAUUUAUCUCAGAAAUCUCUCCAUCUGUUUUAGGUUUUUGUGUUGUAUUUUAUAAGUUUUAAAAUCUGGAGUAACAAGGCUUCUUUCUGAGUCGCAACAUGAUCAACAACAGCACUUUAUAUUUUAUAUAGACAGUGUACCAUUUAUACUGAUAACUGUCAGCAUUAUUCUAUGUUCCACCACUACCUUAAGGGCUUUCAAAAUCUUUUCUCCGCAGUACCGAUUUUGCUUUGAAUUAAUUUCAGUCCUGAUGAAAUUCCCUGCCUUGUUUAGUUGGCACUAAUUAUGGACUUUGUCACAUGGCUGCUGGAAUCACUUCGUGCCGUUGGGGGGCAUGGGGAACCUGGCGCCUCAUGCCCCGCAUCGCGUGACUCCUCUGCCAGCUGAACCCAUAGGGGGAAGUGUCGAUCAUGCGGCUUCCCCCAUUGCUUGUAAUGGCAACACAGGAAGCAUCCCAUGUUGUUGUGGUGACAGCAUGCACCAGUUCCAUCGUUCUUCACCCACGGAGUCACGCUGGCAUUGUUUGAUGGAAGCUAGCGGGUUCCGUGUGUGACCUGAGCUAAACCAGCAUAUGCCACCAAAUUUAGUCCUUUGUGAUGAGGUUGUAUUAGUGAAUAGAUGGAUAUAAAUGGAUGCUGCCAAAAAAUAGGUUGUUUGAAAAUGUGACUCUCCUAGAUUUUAAAAAAAGAAAUUACACUUUUUAUAAUGUAAUACAACAAAAUUUUAAAAAGAAAAAAAAUCCUAUGUUCAGAAACACCAAGAAAAAAAAGAGAUCUGUAUCUGCACAGAAUGAUUAUGGAGGUGUCCAGUUUCUGCACAGAAUGAUAUUGGGGUGUUGUUGUGGCCGUGGAUGAAUUGAAUCCCUCUUUUUUUACCCAUAAGAAUAGCCCACUGCUUAUCCCCACUGACCACACCUGAUUUUUGGGAAUAUAGCACAUGCUGCAAUCUAUUUUACAACUGUAAA